AAUCAGCGUUCAUUCAAUUGAAAUCUAAUAAAGCUUUGUUUCAUAAAAUUGAUCUAUCGAGAAUUGGCGAUAACAUGGGUCAUAGCUUUGGAGAAUUACCAAUUCGAAUUCGUCGUAUUCUGAUGUAUACUCUCUCACCUUACGAGCAGGUGACUUGGCCGAAUGCUUUGGAAUCUAUAAUAGGAAUUAUCAAACGAGGGGCAUAUAAUCUGCCCAUGGUAGCACCGCCAUUCAUCUUCACGGCGUUCUUCAUGAAUUGGGCGGAGAAUGAAAACAAUCGUUUAAAGAGGAAGUGCCCUAAACAAUAUGAGAACGAUCAAUGA